UUUAAUCUAAUCUCUUACCAAUCCAUCACAACUAAACAAGACUCUCUCUCUCUCUCCCUCUCUCUUGUCUCUCUUCUCUCUCUAAAUCAAUUAUGCAAAAAGCAAUAAGAGCAUACGAGUCAUCGUGGACGAAGACCACACCGGCCAAUAGCAUUUUCCGUCCAAAGAAUGAAGAUAAACCAUCAUCAUCAUUAUCAUGGCUAACAUCAUCACCAUCACCACAAAAGCCAUCAUCUUCAAGCACUAAGAAAUCAAGCUAUAACGUUUUGGUGAUGGAGAAUGCUGUGGUGGUGUUUGCGAGGAAGGGUUGUUGUAUGGGACAUGUGGUGAAAAGGUUGUUACUGACACACGGCGUGAACCCAUUAGUAGUUGAGAUUGACGAAGAAGACAAUAACGAUAUGAUCAUAAGUGAUUUGGGUAAAACUGUUAUUAAUAAAGAGAACUUACCAGUCAUGUUCAUAGGAGGAAAGUUGUUUGGAGGAUUGGAGAAUCUGAUGGCUGCUCAUAUUAAUGGUGAUUUAGUGCCUACUCUCAGACAAGCUGGGGCUUUAUGGCUUUGAUUCAAUAUGAUUUUCCUCUUAAUCUUUUUCCGUGUUGCAUUAUUUGUGAAUAUAUUUUUGGCAAUGUUUUAAACUAUGUGAAUUUUUAAUCAAUUGUUAUGUAACACAUAAAAGUUUAUCAAAGAACAAUAAAAAACAUUUUUCUUGUAA